AUGGCUGUUAACGCUUUACGUUUAUUUUUAACUAAAACCGUACAAACUCAAUCUGGGAAUAAAAUAUCUCCUGUUGGAAAACAAAAAUCUGUUGGCUUGAUAACUCUCAAUCGUCCAAAAGCAUUGAAUGCUUUAUGUAAAGGACUCAUUGAUGAUUUAAAUGCCGCUUUGGACAAGUACGAAGAAGAUGAUCAGAUUAAAGCUGUUGUUCUUACGGGAAGUGAAAAAGCCUUCGCUGCUGGUGCUGAUAUUAAAGAAAUGAAAGAUAUGGUAUUUUCUGAUUGUGCUAAAGGAAAAUUAUUACAAAAUUGGGCGAGAAUAACUCAAUUUAAAAAACCAACCAUAGCUGCUGUCAAUGGUUAUGCUUUGGGAGGAGGAUGUGAAUUGGCCAUGAUGUGCGAUAUAAUAUAUGCUGGUGCGAAAGCAAGAUUUGGACAACCGGAAAUCAAAAUAGGUACCAUUCCAGGAGUAGGUGGUACUCAAAGAUUAACAAGAGCAGUGGGAAAAUCGAAUGCCAUGGAAAUGUGUUUGACAGGAGAUCAAAUUACAGCUGAAGAUGCUAAAGCAAUGGGUUUGGUCAGUAAGAUUUACCCUCCGGAAGAACUCGUGAACAAAGCGAUAGAAUUAGGCGAUAAAAUAGCAGAUUGCUCUCCAUUAGUUGUCUUAAUGUGCAAAGAGGCUGUUAAUAGAGCUUUUGAAACAACUUUACAAGAAGGAUUAUAUUUUGAAAAGAGAAUGUUCAAUGCUACUUUUGCUACGCAUGAUCGUAAAGAAGGAAUGACAGCAUUUGUUGAAAAAAGACCACCAAAUUUUAAAAAUGAAUAA